ACCAGUUAACAUGGUCGUCAAAAGCCAAGUUAACAAGAAAGCCAAACAGUUGGCUUCCUAAAAAGUUAGCAAAGAAUAUGCAAAUAUUACAGUAAACCAGCAAAAUGAGUACGUACGUUGGCUGACAUUAAUGGUAACGUUAAACGUAAAGGAGACCAUCUACAUUACGUUGGAGCGCUAACGUUAGUCUAGCUAGUUAGCUAGCUAAAGUAUUUUGAGAGAGGUUGUUAGCUUGCUGCUAGCCAGCAAGUCAUUUAUCUAGGAUAUGCGCAAAAUGCAGUGUUCAUGUUGAUGCUAACUUUAGUGUGUACCCGUAAACAAAUCGUGUAAUUGUCGCGGAUGUUAUUACUGUUUAGCUGGCUAACUGGGAUAACUGCAUUUCCACUGCACCCAAAAAAUAAUAGACCCAGCCAUGGCCCAGGUGGAGAAGAAGGCAGGUCUGCUGAGGAGGUCCUCUGCAUCCAAGAAGCCCCUGAAGGAGAAGGUGGUGCUGAUGUAUGACGAGAUCUUUGCGAAAGAAGACCCGGCCAAGAACAACCCCCGUUUCUGGGAAGAGCUGUUCCUCAUGAAGGUAAACCUGGAGUACCUGGAGGGGAAGCUGGAGUCUCUGGACGGAGACGAGGUGAUGAAGAUCAAGGACAACAUCAACAGCCUGUUCCAGCACUGCAUCCAGGCCCUGAGUGAGGAGCACCAGAUCAAAGUGGUGAAUGCCUUACAGACGCUCUGCGCGCUCUUCCGGGGCGUCCACCAGAAGAACAAGUCCACGUCGGGCUUCGACAUCAUCAACAUGCUGAUGGGAUUCGACAAGGCCGAGCUUCGCAUGAAGGACCUAAUGGAGAGUCUGGAUGGGCUGCUCUGUGGAGAGGGAUCAGAAAGUCUGAAGAUCCUCUGCCUGAAACUGCUGCUCUGCUUGGUUACAGUUACCGAUAACAUCAGCCAGAACACCAUCCUGGAGUACGUCAUGAUCAACAGCAUCUUCGAGGCUAUUUUACAGAUUCUGUCCCUGACCCCCAGCAGGGUGCAACAUGGGUACGACACCGUGGUCCUCCUGGCGCUCCUCGUCAACUACAGGAAGUACGAGUCUGUGAAUCCCUACAUCGUGAAGCUGUCCAUAGUGGAUGAUGAGACCACCCUGGAUGGAAUGGGGAUGGUGAUCUCCCAGGCCCUGACGGAGUAUAACAGGCAGUACAAAGACAAGGAAGAGGAGAACCAAGGAGGGUUUUUCUCUGCUUUCACCAACAUGGUGGGCAGUAUGUUCAUCGCUGAUGCAGAAGAGAAGCUAUCGGUACAGACCAACGAGGCCAUCCUCCUGGCCCUGUACGAAGCCGUGCACCUGAACCGGAACUUCAUCACCGUGCUCGCGCAGAGUCAUCCCGAGAUCAACAUUCCAUCCUCGCCCGUGACACCUGUCCCCACCACGCCCACAACACCUCUGGGCACGACCCCACCCUCCCUUGACAUGAUGAACUCUACCGAGCUUCCCCUGGACCCCAACCUCCAGACCAGCAACCUGCUCAUCACCUUCCUCAAGUACUCCUCCAUUGUCAUGCAGGACACCAAAGAUGAACACAGGCUCAACAGCGCCAGACUGUGCCUCAUCAUCCUCACCUGCAUCGCGGAGGAUCAGUACGCAAACGCCUUCCUCCAUGACGACAACAUGAAUUUCCGAGUGAACCUCCACAGAAUGCCCAUGAGGCACCGGAAAAAGGCUGCGGACAAGAACAUCCCCUCCAGGCCCCUGGUGUGCGCUGUUCUAGAUCUGAUGGUGGAGUUCAUCGUCACGCACAUGAUGAAGGAGUUCCCCAUGGACCUCUACUCGCGCUGUGUGCAGGUGAUCCACAAGCUCAUCUGCUACCAGAAGAAAUGCAGAAUCAGGCUGCAUUACACCUGGAGGGAGCUCUGGUCAGCGCUCAUUAACCUCCUGAAGUUCCUGCUAUCGAAUGAGACGACACUCCUGGCCAAACACAACAUAUUCCAUUUGGCUUUAAUGGUGGUCAACCUGUUUAACAUGUUCAUCACCUACGGGGACACCUUCCUGCCCACCCCCAGCAGCUACGACGAGUUGUACUACGAGAUCGUGAGGAUGCACCAGGUCUUCGACAAUCUCUACUGCAUGGUGCUCAGAGUUUCCACCAAUGCUGGACAGUGGAAGGAGCCCGCCAGCAAAGUCACUCACGCACUGGUCAAUGUCAGAGCCAUAGUCAAUCACUUCAACCCCAAGAUAGAGUCCUAUGCUGCCGUGAACCACAUCUCUCAGCUGUCAGAGGAUCAGGUUUUGGAAGUGGUACGCUCCAACUAUGACACUCUGACCCUGAAGCUUCAAGAUGGACUGGACCAGUAUGAGCGCUACUCGGAGCAGCCUAAGGAGGCUGCCUUCUUCAAAGAGCUGGUGCGCUCCAUCAGCGUGAAUGUGAGGAAGAACGUCUCCCUCAACACCCUGAGCCAGGACGUCCUGCUUAAGGAGUUCUCCUCCAUUUCGUGAGGGAGAGUUGGGGCGGAGAAGGGGCGUGUCCGGCUCGCCUCCCUCCUCCUCCUCAUAUCCCCCUCGCCCGACCCUGGACGAUGACAGACCCGCUCUCACCCGGCCUGCGCUCCGCACCAGUAGGGGGCGCCAGCGGGCUCGUACGCGCUAGGAGGGCGGCGUGCAAACGAACAAGAGCGGCUCGUCAUCCAGCGCUGUACAAUAAGUGUUGCUGUCUAACCGAUCCAUGCUAAUCAAGACUCGGCCCAAUGAAGACGCUUUAGUUUGAUUUAGCUUUUUCCUUUUCGUCUGGUGACCCUCUCAGUGCCCGCACAGUUAUAUGAAGAGGCAUCCAUAGACACUGACCAUGAAGGGCUUUUGAGUUUUUAUUUUGUUCUGUUUUUGUGCAUAUUUAACUAGAUUCUAAUUUCUUUUUGUGGUGACUGGAAAAAAAAAAAAAAAACUGAACUUACAGACCAGAGGGGAAGACGUGGGAAGGCGGUGGUGUAAACCUGUAUUCUGCCAGUAGCUCAGGCGUGGCUGGCUAAGACUUUUUCUGUUCUUUUUCGGUUAACGGGGAGAGGGGUUUGUAUUUACGGUGCUGGGGUAUUGGGUUGGAGGUUGGAAAUUGAGGUUGACCAGGGGGGGCGUGCUGACCGCGCCCCCGUCUCCCUCGGUGGUCCCUGAACUGAGGAACAGCUGCCGCAGACUGGAACAGCGCCCCCUUUCUCCACGGCUGUGUGAGAGCGGCGCAUCUGCUUUCCUUUCUUCCUGCUCCCGUAGCGGUUUUAUUUCUGUGUUUUAAAAGGAAAAUACGAGAGAGAAUAAAUGUCAUUUCUAACUCCCUA